AACCACCAACAAGAGAGGAAGAAGUCUUUCUGGUGCAUUCAGAUACAAAAAUGGCUCCCAAGCCACAGCUGGAUUCAGCUCCGCAUCUUGACGGGGAUUCUGCUGGACAAAAGCACAUGCUGCCCUCAUAUUCCACUGUGGAUCUGAUCGAUGAAAUUUCAGAAUCAGACCCCUGGGACCUUCCGGAACUCAAAGACACCGGAGUCAAGUGGUCAGACCUGGACACGAAGGGGAAGAUAUUGCGGGUUCUCGCGGCCAUCGUGAAGCUGAUUCUGCUGCUCGGACUCCUCUAUCUCUUCAUCUGUUCUCUGGAUGUUCUGAGUUCUGCUUUCCAGCUUGUUGGAGGUAAAGCUGCCGGGGACAUUUUCCAGGACAACGUGGUGUUGUCCAACCCUGUGGCCGGCUUAGUGAUUGGAGUGUUAGUAACAGUGCUGGUGCAGAGCUCCAGCACUUCCUCCUCUAUUGUGGUCAGCAUGGUGUCAUCUGGAUUGCUGGAGGUUCAGUCUGCUGUGCCAAUCAUCAUGGGAGCCAAUAUUGGAACAUCUGUCACCAACACGAUUGUUGCUAUGAUGCAGGCAGGCGAUCGUAACGAGUUCCGCAGGGCUUUUGCGGGCGCCACAGUGCACGACUUCUUCAAUUGGCUGUCGGUGCUUGUUCUCCUUCCUCUGGAAGUGGCCACAGGCGUCCUCUACAAACUUACUGCCCUUAUCAUUGACUCCUUCAACCUUGAGAGUGGUGAGGAUGCGCCAGACCUGCUCAAAGUCAUCACAGACCCUCUCACAAAGUCUAUAAUCCAGCUGGACAAGUCUGUCAUCACUGACAUUGCCACCGGUGAUCCUGCAGCUAGGAACAAGAGUCUGAUCAAAGUGUGGUGCAAGCAGAAAAAAAACACAACUUUCUGGAACGAGACGGUAACAGAAUGCCCCGCUGGUGGGAUUUGCUGGGAGUCUGGAAACCUAACCUGGCUGGAGAAAAAUCAAACUAUUACAGAUAACCUGGAAAGAUGCAAACACAUAUUUGCUAAUGCAAAUUUGCCAGACCUGGCAGUCGGACUCAUUCUCCUGGCUCUCUCCCUGUUCAUCCUGUGUACAUGUCUAAUCCUAAUCGUCAAGCUGCUGAACUCCAUGCUGAAAGGACAGGUGGCUGUGGUGAUCAAGAAGGUGCUCAACACAGACUUCCCCUUCCCAUUUGCUUGGGUCACUGGCUACAUUGCAAUUAUGGUGGGAGCCGGGAUGACCUUCAUUGUACAAAGUAGCUCUGUUUUCACCUCAGCCAUUACUCCUCUUGUCGGCAUUGGUGUCAUUAGCCUAGAGCGGGCCUAUCCUUUGACUCUGGGCUCAAAUAUUGGGACAACAACUACUGCAAUUCUCGCUGCUAUGGCUAGCCCUGGAGAAACGUUAGCCAACUCACUGCAGAUUGCACUUUGCCAUUUCUUCUUCAAUAUCAUGGGCAUCAUACUCUGGUAUCCUCUGCCAUUCAUGCGGGUGCCCAUCAGGUUGGCCAGAGGUCUGGGAAACAGCACAGCACAGUAUCGCUGGUUUGCUGCCCUCUAUCUCGUACUGUGCUUCCUAAUUUUGCCUCUCACGGUAUUAGGCCUGUCUAUCGCUGGCUGGCAGGUUCUUGUUGGUGUCGGUGUGCCCAUUAUUGUGCUGGUUAUCUUUGUGAUCAUAGUCAAUGUUAUGCAAUCUCGAUGCCCACGACUUCUGCCCAAGUUCCUACAAAACUGGAACUUUUUGCCACAACCGCUGCGCUCCCUGGCACCGUGGGAUAGGGUGGUGACAUCAGCAAUGGGCUUCUGCGGUAAAAGAUGCUGUUGCUGCUGCAAGUGUUGCAAGUCCAAAGAGGACAAGAUGGAAAAACAGUGUGCAGAUCUAUGACAAUCCAGCCCUGUCAAAAGAUGAGGACGCUGAGCAGGUUAUCAAAUCAACCCAACUUUAAUAUUUUCUCCUGAAAAUUUAAGAUGUAAUGAUAAGUCACUUUACUUUUAUCAUGUCACUAAACUAUUGUUAUGUACAUUUACGUACCAGGAGCUGAGAGGUGGUUUAAGGGAUGCUUGGUUUCAACUGUCUACUAUAUACAAAAAAAAUUCUUUAAAAAAAUUACUGUUUUCUAUUUCUUCUAAAAACUACUACGGCCUAAAGGUAACAGGGAAUUAAUUUAUUUUUGUUUACCAGUCAUAUCUUGGCUCUUGAAGAAGAGUUUCUAGUGCCUACCACGCUUCUUGCCUUUACACUUCCUGUACGAUGUAAAAUGCACUUAUUUUAUCUUCUGUUUGUUUACAUCUCUCCAGCUAAGGUUAACAGAUGAUGUUUGAUAAGGCUCAUAGAGAAGCCAGCAUUAGUAAACAAGCCUCCGUUGACAGCUCCAAAGAAGCACAAAGCCCAACAGAUGAAAGCAUUUUGUUAAAUGUAAAUAUCGACAUCACUUAUUAAUAAUAUUUAACUGUUUGUCACAUUGUUAAUACCUGGUUUCUGCUAAUGGCUAGAGUUAGCAUUGGACGGCCAAGAGUAAUACGUAUCUCACCAGUAAUAUUUGUGUGACAUCAAAACUCAUAUUUUGUUGUGGUUUUUGAUUGGGAUUACCGACCAGUGGAAGCCCUAGAUGUUUUUUGUAUAUACCUGCUGUUUUUGUGCAUUGUUUAAAUGUAUUGUUCCAGUGACUUUCAAGUGGGAUGGGCAUUUCUAAAUAUUAAGACUUAUCUUUAUAUUUUUAAUAUCGUUGCGAGGGUUCUUGGUGUAAGUUAAACACAUGAACCUUCAAAGUUUCCUGUAGCAUUUAAAAUGUCAUUAUCUUUCUGUAUUUAUGACAGAAUAUUAUAAAUAAAAUAAUUUUUU